UUGAUCCUGAAAAGAACAGUGCAUGAGACUGAUUCUGUGCGAUGCAAGUGGCUCCAUUGUCAUGAUGAAACUAUUCUAUGCAGUAGAUGCAUAUGCAGAUCUUUGCCAGAUUAAUGCCCAAGUUGUCAGAACCACAAAAAUUACAGGAAAAGCCAAUCAAAUAUGCAAACUGAAACCCCCCAGAUUAUUUAAAACAGCUUUUCUAAUGUUCUCUGGUUUCAGUAAAUGUAAAUAAUUCUUUAAAUAAGACUAAUGAAGAUAGUUUAUUUUUCAAAACCGACCUUUCCUGACCUUGGAUAUUGUUCUUCAGACCUAAGAAAAUUAAUUAUCUCUUGCAUAUCUGUGUUCUUAUUGAUCUAGGUAGUAAUUAGUAAUUGCUGUGGGGCAAAAUAAUCUCCAGUAGUGCUUCAGAAACUAAAUAUGGUUUUCGUAAUCUGAAAAAUAAGCAUGCCAUUUUUUUUAUCACACCCAAAACGUUUAUUACGGAUUAUGAGGUUCAGUGGUCACUUAAUAUGCACAAUACUUUCUCCUUUCUUCGGUUUCCUUUGCAGCGUUGCAGAAGAGGAGUGAGUAAGCAGUUCCUCAGUCCUCUUCAGUAGAGACGCACCUGAUAGCGAUAAACUUUCAAUGAGACCUCUUUCCGUCAUCUCACAGUCCCUAGUCCAUCAGUAGUCUUCUGUCUGUGCCACUGGUCUCCCCAUUCAAAGAACUGAGAGACAUGAUGAAAACAAGUGGCUUUGGUUUUGAAGUUAUUCAGCUGGGUUUUCUUUCUAGUGAAGUGAAGCAACAGAAGUUGGCAACUCUAAACAGAGCUGAGAGACAUGUGUAAAUGUUUAGGAAAACAGCAGUUAUUCCUGACAGGGGAAAAAAAAAAAAAAGGAGCCAGGGAGCCAGUUUCCUUUAUCACCAGGAGCCAUAGGUCCAUGUAUAGUUUUGAUUGACCUGUCACCUAUAAGAGUUGCCUCUUACUGAAAUGCCACCACAUGGUGCAGACAGGCCAUCUCCUGUGCUUCCUGCUCCUGCUCCAAUCACUGUGUGUCCCCCAGGCUGUGGUGAUUUCCAGCUGUUAUAAAGCUUGGGUUGCACUGCUGGGAUGUGGCAGUUGGCUUUCCAGGCUGCUUUGCAACAGCAGUAUCCAGACACCCAGGCUUGGUCUGUUUGCCAGGGUGUAGGCACUUUAGAAAUGGGAACAUACUGGUCAAUGUAGUUUCAUCGGCUUACAUGGUGACUGGAAGACAGCCAUUAUUUUUAUAUGUGGUUGAUAUAAUUAGCCAACCACCUGGGGCAUUUUUUUUUUUUGCUAGUGCCUUUGUUUCCUUAAUAUGAAAAUAAGGAAUGAGCUAAAAUAUAUUGUUGUAUUACUAUAAGCCACAUAUAUUUAUUUUUCCUUCUAAGAAGUGCUAAACCCGGGUCAAUAAAAAAGUAAGUCGGAGGACUGGUUUGGAAGGCGCGUGCUUGGCUGGGGAAAGUUUUUGGGUGUGAGUGAGAGCGGAGGCCACAGGUGUGGUCCAGGUGAGGGCGUCUGCCAGCCUCAGGCGAGCAAAGACUUCCCACCGGGAGCUGAAACCAGUGCAAACCAGGAAACAAAAAGAAAUAUUCAAACUGUCCACGUCAGAGACUGCUAAGGGAACAGGCAGGUCAGCUUAGUUAAUCAUUACCAAGACAGGCUUCACAGACGUUCACCGCUGAGCGUGUGACAGGACCCCACCUGAGAGAAGAAAACACCCACAGCAAGCUGUAAGAGUUGAGAAGCCUCCCGUGCUUAGAUGUUCUGACUGUUUUGCUGUGGGAGAAGAGGGUCCACGCUCCCCCAUUGUUCCCAGAGCUUAGACCAGCACAGCUGUGGUGUUGCUUUCCUGUUCCGAAGAGGAAGUGAGAAAUUCCCUCCACACACGCUCUGGCACCCGAAUACUCAGGUUUCACUCCGGAUCCAGGAGACGCCUGUAAUGAGCUCUCAGUGGGACUUGGAAAGGAGCUUCCAGCUGUGCCAAGAGUUGUUUCAUUUUGUGCCAUAGGAGGAGGAGGAGAGGAAGUCCUGCAAAAAGCUAAAAUGUUGAUGGUGCAAAAAUUGGUCUAAGAGUAUCGCAACUGGGAAAAGUGAAAGUACAGUAGAAGCAGAGGAAGGCACAAGGAAACAGGAUGGGAAACUUCUUUCAGAAGCACUGUGCCUGUUUGGAGCCCCACAUCCCGUGCUUAUUCUCGGGGAGAGACAAUGAGCAGGAUGAGAAAGUUGGUCAAGUUUUCGCUAACCUUGCUGUGGUAAGGCAUGACUUCCAAGCAGGACAGAAAGAUGGAGACAGUAAGACAAAAGAAAAACCUUUACCUCCACUGCCUGGCCAGCAUCUGGUGAAUAUUUGUAGAUUUGUGGCACUCUUUGACUAUGAGGCUCGCACUGAGGAGGACUUGAGCUUCCAAGCUGGGGAUAAGCUUGAAGUGCUGGAUGCAUCCCACGAGGGCUGGUGGUAUGCUAGGCUCCUCCUGCCAACAGGGUCUGUCCGUCCUGGCUGCAGGCUCCAGGGCUACAUCCCCGCCAACUACAUAGCUGCUGACCAGAGCAUCGAAGCUGAGCCAUGGUUUUUUGGCCCAAUCAAACGAGCAGAUGCUGAGAAACAACUGUUAUACCCUGGCAACCAGGCAGGAGCCUUUCUAAUCCGAGAAAGUGAAAGUCUAAAAGGCGAAUACUCACUCUCAGUUUUUGAUGGUGUAUCUGUGAAGCACUACAGGAUCAGAAAGCUGGAUGAAGGAGGCUUUUUCCUAAGCAGAAGGAAGACUUUCAAAACUCUGAAUGAGUUUGUUGACUAUUAUAGUAAGAACAGUGAUGGUCUCUGCGUGGUGCUGGGAAAGCCAUGCCUAAAGGUACAAAUUCCUACUACUUUUGAUUUGUCAUAUAAAACUGUUGAUCAGUGGGAGAUAGACCGGCAGUCUCUGAAGUUGUUGAAAAAAUUAGGAUCUGGUCAAUUUGGUGAGGUAUGGGAAGGACGGUGGAACAAUACCACUCCUGUGGCAAUCAAAACAUUAAAACCAGGUUCAAUGGAUCCAAAGGACUUUCUGAGGGAAGCACAAAUAAUGAAGAACUUGAGACAUCCAAAACUUAUACAGCUUUAUGCUGUCUGCACAUUGGAGGACCCUAUUUAUAUUAUUACUGAGCUGAUGAGAUAUGGAAGUCUUCUAGAAUACCUUCAAAAAGAUGCAGGCUCCCAAAUCUUCCUGACACAUCAAGUAGACAUGGCUGCUCAGGUGGCUUCUGGGAUGGCUUACCUGGAAUCUCAGAACUAUAUCCAUCGGGAUCUGGCAGCUAGGAAUGUUCUUGUUGGUGAACACAGUGUUUACAAAGUGGCAGACUUUGGACUUGCAAGAGUUUUUAAGGUAGAAAAUGAAAAUGUGUAUGAAGCUAGGCCUGAAACAAAACUCCCAGUGAAAUGGACAGCCCCGGAGGCAAUCCGCUACAACAAAUUCAGCAUUAAGUCAGAUGUCUGGUCAUUUGGAAUACUUUUGUUUGAAAUAAUCACCUAUGGGAAGAUGCCUUAUGCUGGUAUGCCAGGACACCAGGUCAUCCAGAUGCUGGACAAGGGCUACAGGCUUCCUCAGCCGGAGACGUGCCCAGCGUCGCUGUACCAGCUGAUGCUGCAGUGCUGGAGCGUGGAGGCGGACAGGCGGCCCACCUUCGAGGCCCUCUGCGGGCAGCUGGAGUGCUACUUUGAGACCAGCUCCUCUUCCUACGCUCAGACCCAGGCUGUGGUGAAAUGAACUCCCAGGCACGGGCUGAGGAGCAGAUGCUAGCCAACGUGGCUGAAGGGAGUGUUGUGAAGUCAGCCAGGUUAUUAGGGGGUGCUGAGGAAUUCUGGUAUGUUUUCAUCCCUGUGCUGAUACUCAAAGACACUGUUUUGCAAGACUAAGCAUCAGGAAGCUGGAGGGGUGGGGGCUUCUAAAAAAUAAAAUGUCUUCUAUUUAUUUUUUAAAUAACAGAUUGUAAGAAUGAACAAAUGAAAUGAGUGUCGCUCAAUAACCAUUGUUGUGUUUUGUCAUUUCUUUACUGGAAUAAUUAUAUGCUGUUCCUUAGAUUUUUUGUUCCCACCAGGUUGUUCUCAUGAAGGAAUAUGAUGGCUCUGCACAGCAGGAUCUGUGCUUCCAGAGUCCUCUUGUAAAAAAAAAUAAAAAUAACCCCAUGACUGUGAUGAUGGAAGACUCCAGAUUAAUUGCCUUGCUUAGACUUCAAGUACAUGUACUUCUGCUGUAUCAGAAAAUAAAACAGGUGUUCAUGGGAGAAAAGAAAUUAUUUUGUUUUGUGGAUGCAAAUCUUUUUUAAUCUUUUUUAGUUUGUCUGCUGUUCCUUUUUUACAAAAGUAAACAUUAUUAUUAGAUUCUUGAAGCUGUUUGUUCUUAAUGUUGUUAAAUAUUGCCACAGAACCAAUGAAUUAUUGUCAAUUCAAAUGUAAAGAUUUCUUCCAUAGUACUUCAUUUUAGGGGUAUUGGAGGAAAAGAUAUUUCAACAUGAACUCAAGACUGCCUUAGCAUUUCAGAGUGACACCCUUUCCUGUCCUGCUGCCCAAAACACAGACCCACUCCAACAGGACAGGGCUGAGGGCAGGUCUAGGUAUUUUGCAGAGGGACUAGCAAUCCAUGCUUCCGUCUUCUCCAAAUGUGACUUUCUUAUAGGACAUUUAAAUAACAGAUGAUCUAUUUUACUUUAUCCAUGGGGAAAUGGAGCCCAGGUGCUUCUGCUAGCAGUCUUUACAGCUACAGAUUUUAGAAAUUUUUUUUUGCCAGUUUUUCUAAUUAACUACAGUAUGUAUUCUGCUGAAAUCUGAUAUCACUGUGACAGUUUUAUGUUCUCAAUUGUGAGGCUUAGAGAACCAAGUUUUAAUUAUUUACUUACAAUUCAUCAGUUAAUUAUUUAACAACAUAAUCUAGGAAUUAAGAGCUGUACUGUGUUAACAUAAUGUGAGCUCAGUAUAAAUGUGCUACCAUUUUCCUCUAAUAUCAAAAAAGGGUAUAAAUAAAUGAAAAGAUUCAUUACUUUAAA